CGGGCCGGGGGCGCUUCUUCCGGGCAGUCCCGCAGAGCGGGCGGGAGCCCGGAGUGCCGCUGCUGUCUUGUUCUGGAGGCGUCCGUACAAACGGGGUUGCUGCGGGGCGCGGUGCCAUCGCCGGUUGCGGUCGCUGUGUGGCAGAGCAUCGACGAUGGCACGUCCGACCGGCCGUACAGCCACGCAUUGGUGGCGGGCAUCGACCGCUACCCGCGGAAGGUGACUGCCGCGAUGGGCAAGAAGAAGAUCGCAAAGAGAUCCAAGAUCAAGUCCUUCGUGAAGGUUUACAACUACAACCACCUGAUGCCCACCCGGUAUUCCGUCGAUAUUCCUCUGGACAAAACAGUGGUCAAUAAGGACGUGUUCAGGGACCCCGCUCUAAAACGCAAAGCGAGACGCGAAGCCAAGGUGAAAUUUGAGGAGAGGUACAAGACGGGCAAGAAUAAGUGGUUCUUCCAGAAGCUGCGAUUCUAAAGGGUGUAACGAGGUUGCAUCAAUAAAUGUUUAUUAAAAACCGUU